AUGGCAACACCAGUCAAGACCCGUCAGGCCUACCGUAGGACUGAUGAUUACACCCCUGGCACACCAAAGGUUGAGCUAGUCACGGAGCCUCUCCCCGCCAAGCUUGACCCCGCGGCUGUUUUGAUCAAAAUACAUGCCGUGGCCCUCAACUACCGAGAUGCCAAUAUCGCCAAUGGUGGUAAUCCCUGGCCUGUGACCAAAAAUGGUGUGCCAGGUAACGAUGCCGCCGGUGAAGUGAUUGCUGUCGGCGACAAGGUUUCUCUAGUGAAGAUAGGAGACCGCGUUGCGCCCAUCACAGAUUCCGAGUUUGUCACAGCGCGUUCUACAGGUCGAUCAUGGCUAGCUGCUAAUGAAGAUGGCACAUUGGCGACCCAUUUUGUCUUCAACGAAAGACUUGUAACAAAGCUCCCUGAUCAUCUUUCCUGGGUCAUGUCGAGCAUUAUUCCGUGCGCCGGAACUACAGCUUGGUCCGCGCUGAAGGGCGCAUCUAUCGGUCAAACUGUCCUCAUCCAAGGGACCGGUGGUGUUUCUACGUUUGCGCUGAAACUGGCAAGAGCGUCUGGACUAAAGAUCAUCUUGACUUCUUCUAGUGAGGAGAAGCUUUCUACUAUCAAGGCUCAGCUUGGGAAGCCUGAUAUUCUUACCGUCAACUACAAAACAAUCCCGGACUGGCAGAAUGAAGUGCUCAGACUUACUAAUGGCGUUGGUGUGGAUCUCGUUGUUGAGAAUGGAGGUAGCAGCUCCCUCGUGCAAAGCAUGCAGUGCACCAGGCGCGGUGGAACAGUCAGUCAGGUUGGCUAUCUUGGCGGUCCCAAGGCUGAGGAGUUGAAAGAGGGCAUCAAUGCUGGAUCAAAGGACGACCAAGAUGAGCUUAUGGCCGCUAUUUCAGCUACGCAAAUGACAUUUGACGAUAUUAUCGAUUCAGUCUGGUCUUUCGAUAAGGCCGAAGAAGCAAUUGAGUAUGUGUGGCAGGGUAAACAGGUCGGCAAGGUGGUCAUCGAGAUCAAGGAAUGA